AUGCAAACAAACAAUUACGUUGAGUCCUGGCAUAACCAGUUGAAGACAUAUUACUUGAAGCGCAAGAGAAUGCAUCGCUUGGACUUACUAGUCCAUAUACUUGUCAAGGACGUUUCAUUCGAUGUCACUGAGGAAAUCAAACGCCUUGUAGCCAACGUUGGCCGUAUAGGUCCAUAUGAGCAUGCUUUGUGCAAACACGAGAUAAAGGCUGAAGCCAUUGACUGCACGGUAUUGCGCGAUAUGGUUCAAGAGUCCUCAUCUAGAGCAAAUCUGUGUUCUUCGUUUUCGGCAGAGCGCGUGGUUUAUACGGUAUAA